AUGGCGACCUGCAUCGGGGAGAAGAUCGAGGAUUUUAAAGUUGGAAAUCUGCUGGGUAAAGGAUCAUUUGCUGGUGUAUACAGAGCUGAGUCCAUUCACACUGGUUUGGAAGUUGCAAUCAAAAUGAUAGAUAAGAAAGCCAUGUACAAAGCUGGAAUGGUACAGAGAGUCCAAAAUGAGGUGAAAAUACAUUGCCAGUUGAAACAUCCUUCUAUCUUGGAGCUUUAUAACUAUUUUGAAGAUAACAAUUAUGUGUACCUGGUAUUAGAAAUGUGCCAUAAUGGAGAAAUGAACAGGUAUAUAAAGAACAGAAUGAAACCCUUCUCAGAAAAUGAAGCUCGACACUUCAUGCACCAGAUCAUUACAGGAAUGUUGUAUCUUCAUUCUCAUGGUAUAUUACACCGGGAUCUCACCCUUUCUAAUCUCUUACUUACUCGUAAUAUGAACAUCAAGAUUGCCGAUUUUGGGCUGGCAACUCAAUUGAAAAUGCCACAUGAAAAGCACUAUACAUUAUGUGGAACUCCUAAUUAUAUUUCACCAGAAAUUGCUACUCGAAGUGCACAUGGACUAGAGUCUGAUAUUUGGUCCUUGGGCUGUAUGUUUUAUACGUUACUUAUUGGGAGACCACCUUUUGACACAGACACAGUCAAGAACACAUUAAAUAAAGUAGUAUUGGCAGAUUAUGAAAUGCCAACUUUUUUGUCAAGAGAGGCCAAGGACCUUAUUCACCAGUUACUUCGUAGAAAUCCAGCAGAUCGUUUAAGUCUGUCUUCAGUAUUGGACCAUCCUUUUAUGUCCCAAAAUUCUUCAACAAGAAGUAAAGACUUAGGAACUGUAGAAGACUCAAUAGAUAGUGGACAUGCCACAAUUUCUACUGCAAUUACAGGUUCUUCCAGUACCAGUAUAAGUGGUAGUUUAUUUGACAGAAGACGACUUUUGAUUGGUCAGCCACUCCCAAAUAAAAUGACUGUAUUUCCAAAGAAUAAAAAUUCGAGUGAUUUUUCUUCUGGAGAUGGAAGCAGUUUUUAUACUCAGUGGGGAAAUCAAGAAGAAACCAGUAAUAGUGGAAGGGGAAGAGUAAUCCAAGAUGUAGAAGAAAGGCCACGUUCUCGAUACCUUCGUAGAGCCCAUUCCUCUGAUCGAUCCGGCACUUCUAGUAGUCAGUCUCGAGCAAAAGCAUAUACAAUGGAACGAUGUCACUCAGCAGAAAUGUUUUCAAAAUCCAAAAGAUCAGGAGUAGAUGAAGAGAGUUACUCACCCAAUAUUUUCCAUGUCUUUAAAGAAAAGACAUCCGAUAGUUCUGGAUCUUCUGAAAGACUCAAUAAGGACCAAGCACUCUCCAAUCAUCUUUGUCUAGGAAAAACUCCUUUUCCAUUUUCAGACCAGACACCUCAGCCUGAAAUGAUACAACAGCAGUUUGGGAAUCUACAAAUAAAUGCUCAUUUAAGACAAACUACUGAGAACAGCAGCAUUAGCCCAAACAGAGAUUUCCAGAGCCAUCCAGAUUUGCAGAAGGACACAUCAAGAAACGCCUGGACUAAUAUAAGAGCAAAAAAAACCUCUGAUGCUUCUGAUACUGCACAUUCUGUAAAACACCUGAAUACGAUGAAAUAUAUGACCGCACUUCAGAAUAAACCUGAGAUGUUUCAACAAGAAUCUAUUUUUGGUUUAGAUCCUCUUUCAGAACAAAGCAGGACUAGGGAUAUGGAGCCACCAUUGGGUUAUCAGAAACGUACAUUACGAAGCAUUACAUCUCCUCUGAUUGCUCACAGAUUAAAACCAAUCAGACAGAAAACCAAAAAGGCUGUGGUGAGCAUACUUGAUUCAGAGGAGGUGUGUGUGGAGCUUCUAAAAGAGUAUACAUCUCAAGAAUAUGUGAAAGAAGUUCUUCAAAUAUCUAGUGAUGGAAAUAUGAUCACUGUUUAUUAUCCAAAGGAUGGAAGAGAUUUUCCUCUUGCUGAUAGACCGCCCUCACCUACUGACAGCAUCAGUAGGUAUAGCUUCGACAGUUUACCAGAAAAGUAUUGGCGAAAAUAUCAGUAUGCUUCCAGGUUUGUACAGCUUGUAAGAUCUAAAUCUCCCAAAAUCACUUAUUUUACAAGAUACGCUAAAUGCAUUUUGAUGGAGAAUUCUCCCUGUGCUGAUUUCGAGGUUUGGUUUUAUGAUGGAGCAAAAAUACACAAAGCAGAAGAUGUAAUUCAGGUGAUUGAAAAGACUGGGAAAUCUUACACUUUAAAUGGUGAAAGUGAAGUUAAUAGCUUGAAAGAGGACAUAAAAAUUUAUAUGGACCAUGCUAACGAGGGUCAUCAUAUUUGUUUAGCACUGGAAUCCAUAAUUUCAGAAGAGGAAAAGAAAAGUAGAAGUGCUUCAUUUUUCCCGAUAAUUGUAGGAAGAAAACCCGGUAGCAUUAGUUCACCUAAGGCCUUAUCACCUCCUUCUGUGGAUCCAGACUACCCAAUGAAAGAUAGACCAUCUUUGAAUAGAAUGACUGUGAACAGUGCUGCUUCUCUGACACAGACACCAAUACUUAAUCCUUCUAUGGUUACAAAUGAAGGACUUGGCCUUACAACUACAGCUUCUGGAACAAAUAUCUCUUCUAGUAAUCUAAAAGAUUGUCUUCCUAAAUCAGCACAACUUUUGAAAUCUGUUUUUGUGAAAAAUGUUGGUUGGGCUACACAGUUAACUAGCGGAGCUGUGUGGGUUCAGUUUAAUGAUGGAUCCCAGCUGGUCGUGCAGGCAGGAGUGUCUUCUAUCAGUUACACAUCACCAAAUGGUCAAACAACUAGGUAUGCAGAAAAUGAAAAAUUACCAGAAUACAUCAGACAGAAAUUACAGUGUCUUUCGUCCAUCCUUUUGAUGUUUUCUAAUCCAACUCCUAGUUUUCACUGA